GGGGGGUGGAAGUUUGUAUGGAGCAUUCCACAAUUUCGAUUUUAACGCGAGUGAAGCUGCGGGUGAAAGCUAGUGUUUUCUAUAAAGUGCUUAACAUUAUUUUGAUCAUCGUAAUAGGUACAUAGUGUAACUGUCAAAAAUUGACUUGUUUGCUAGAAUGGAGUAUGUAACCGAAGCGUCCGAGUUUUUGCGAUUGAAGGAGGAGCCCGCUGAGCCAGAAGCGAAGCCCGAGCGGCGGCCGCCCGGCGCGGCGCGAGCAGUGCACAUCAAAGAAGAACCACAGAAUGAACAUCAGUCAGACAGUGACGAAAUAGAAGAUUGUUUGCAACACACAACGAGUGAAUACGAAAUAAAGGAAGAUCCCUCAUGCUUUGAAAAUAUUGUGAGCGAUGUGAUAUAUGGCUUGUGUGACGGUAGAGUCAAGGAUGAGGUUAUAAAGCCGGAGUCUGUGCCACAGAUCCCACAGACAGCCUCCUGCUCGAACAUGGAGUGUGUGAGCGAAGCAGCCAUGCUGGCCGGCCUGUACACGGACCAUGAUGUUAAAGACGAGCUUGUGCUGGGUGCGGAGUGCCCAUAUCGCCCUGAUGUCACUCUAGUAGUUUAUGAUCGCAUUGGCCAUACGAUUCGAGAUUGCUCUGUGACACUUGAACGCAUCCCACACAUUGAUGUGCUCGCUAAGCGACAAGGCACAACUAGUAGUGACACUGAGUCCGAUACUGAUAAAUUUACAUUUAGAGGUGAAUUUCACACUGAAGAGAAAGAACCAUUAUGUGAUAUUUGUGGUGAGAGACACAGUGUAAAAUCAGAUUUAGUGAAACAUGUCAUAGAUCAUAUCCACAGACCUCCGAGCAUGGAACAGGAAGGCGGUGCGCAGGGCAAUGCAUUUGUUGGUCAGUGCCAGCAAGAGCAGGAGCGGGUUUUAUGCCGAAAAUACGCGAUCCAGGACCGCGUGCGCCUCGAACGGCUCCGAAACCAAGAGGCUCUUGCCGCCAACGACACGCAACACACGCAUACGGAAGUUGAUGCGGAGGAUAUACACACUAGAGUUGACAAUGGGAAACCGACUUGUGAUCUUUGUGGAGAUAGUUUUGCACUGAAAUCGGAUUUGAAAAACCAUAUCAUGUUUGGUGUUCACAUGCCGACGACACGACGUUCACAAGACGUGAGUCCGAACAAGGAAUCAGAUACUAGGAUUCAUAAUAUUGCCCGGCCGGCCCGCCGGCACCGGCCGUGUCGUCUGCAGUCAGCUAUCACCGCGCGCCGCUUCAACCGGUCCUGGAUAGUCGCGGCCUUGGACGCCGCCCGAUGCGCCGGCGCUCCCCGCCGCGCAGUGCAGAUCUCGAUCCCACGCUGA